CCGCCAUGGGGCCCGCCAGCGGAGGAAGGGCUUAAGUUGAAAAACACAGAUCGCGUCUUGCUGAAGCUAAAGCUGAAGCCAAAGCCUGCUGUAAUCUCAAACACUAGAAAGUAUUACUCACUUUCCCUCUUUUCCCUCACCGGUGAAGAAGGCGUUAACCUGCUUUUUGGAGGAGGAGAUCGAAAUACUCUCGAAUCCAUGGCUGAUCCUGAACUAGAAGCAAUUAGACAGAGAAGGAUGCAAGAGCUAAUGGCUCAACAUGGAGUGGGGAAUCAACAGAACCCUGAACAGCAGACAGCUCAGGAAGAUGCCAAGAGGGAGGCAGAUGAACGGAGGCAAAUGAUGCUCAGUCAGAUUUUGUCCACUGAAGCACGUGAAAGACUUGCUCGAAUUGCCUUGGUGAAACCUGAGAAGGCUAGAGGUGUGGAGGAUGUUAUACUACGAGCUGCUCAGAUGGGUCAGAUAGUUGAGAAGGUUUCUGAGGAGAGGCUUAUAUCACUGCUGGAACAGAUAAACACCCAAACAACUAAACAGACCAAAGUCACAAUCCAGAGGCGUCGGAGUGUUCUUGAUGAUGAUGAUUAGAUCAAAUGUGAAAGCCUCAGCCUCUUUUGCGGGUUGAAUAUUCCUGGACCCACUUUUAGUGGGUUUUUGAUAUUUUCGACUGUAUUACCUUGGCAAUGCUGUGUUGAGCAAUAAACCUAGUCGUAAUUACUAUCUAUAGAGUCAUGUGAAAAUGCACUAUUAAUUCAAACAUUAUUGGAGGCAGAGGUUUGCUAACUGAUGCUUCAUCUGGAAAGUAGUUGUUUGCCUUCUUUCUCCUAUAUUUCUAACAAUUAAUAUGCUGAAUGAGGUAUGUUUGUUGCAAUAUUAAGCUACCCAAAGUAGCAUAAAAGUUGUUCAAUGGUAUUUAAUCU